AAAAGAAACAGGCUGUAAUUGUUUUUUUUACCCCCACACACACACACAUUUUGGGCACAUGACUGCAACCCUUUUUUCAGGAUGGGUUUAUUUCGAGAGCAUCCAGAGCUGAUGGGUGAUUGAACAUAUCAGUGAGAAGGUAAAUAUUUGCCGGAAACCAGAGAAGAACCGAGAGCGGGAGAGCCUUCCCUCCGUACACGAGUCAAAGGUCAUUCUGACCCUGCUUCUCGCCUUCCAACAGGGUGGAGGAGGGGGUGCUUGGCUGUAGAGUAUGGCUGCCAUGGCGACGGUUCCCAGCUACACCCCGUCGCUGUGGGUGAGGGUGUGCCACGCCCUUCCCCGCCUGGACCUCACCAUGCAGAUGAGAGACAGCGCCUUCGUACCUGACAGCUGGGAGUACCAGCAGACCCUGCUGGUUCUGUCCAGCCUUUCUGCCAUCGCUCUCGUCCUCUCCCUCCUCGUCAUCCUCUCCUUCCUCAUACACUACUGCUGCUGUCACCGCGGCGACCGGAACGAGGGCUCGGAGGAGGAGGAAGAGGACGAAGAUGGCAGCACGGGCCAUGGAUAUGGCGGGCGGAAGGGGCGGGGCAUCUGCUGCGUCACCUGGGUGUCGGUGGCGGCCGUCACACUGUGCUGUGUUGCCAUAGGCGUUGGUUUCUACGGCAACAGCGAGGCUAAUGAUGGGAUGUAUCAGUUGACCUCGUCUCUUCUCACAGCCAAUUACACGCUAGCUUCCAUCGAUCUGUUGGUUUCAGACACCAUCACUGGGCUGCAGCUCUCCGUCUCCGGGCCCCUGACCUCCAUGGAGGAGCUGUUCACGGGCAGCAAGCCCUUCCUGACCUCCACGCGGAACUGCCGGAGGCUGUCGGAGAACGUGGUGAGCCUGCUGUCCUCCCUGGCGCUGGCCCGGGGCGGGGACGGGGGGCUGUGGAACGGCAGCAGCAGCGGAGCCCCCAUCGCGGCCCUCACUCCCGCGCCCCCCUCGGUGGCCCCCACCACGGCCCCCGCUGGAGGGGUGAUGCCCACCCCCUUCUCUCCCGGCUGGGCCGCCAACACACUGGUGGUCAACGAGGACUACAGGUGGCUGUCGUAUGUGUUGCUGCUGCUGCUGGACCUGAUUGUGUGUCUCUUCAUCCUCUUGGGGCUGGCCAAGCAGGCUCGCUGGCUCCUCAUCCUGAUGACGGUGCUGGCUUGGCUGGCUCUGUUCCUGAGCUGGGGGUCUCUGGGCCUGGAGACGGCCUCUGUGGUGGCUCUAAGUGACUUCUGUUCAGAUCCAAAUACGUUUGUCCUCAACUCCACCCACUUCAACUCUGGAACCAACCCAGACGUACUGGACUACUACCUGACCUGCAGCCGACGCAUGAACAGCCCAUUCCAGCAGUUGCUGACGCAGUCCCAGAGGGCGCUAUCCAGCAUCCACACUCACCUAGCCAGCCUGGACAGAAACGCGCUCCCACAGUUCCCCAAAGCAGAGAAAUCACUGCGAGAGGUUCAGCAGAUUCUCAACUCGACAGAGGGCAACUUCCACCAGCUGGUGGCGCUACUCAACUGUCGCGGUCUGAACAAGGACUACAUAGACUCGCUGAAAGGCCUGUGCUACGAUGGCAUGGAGGGAUUACUCUAUCUCUCCCUCUACUCCUUCCUGUCGGCUCUGGCUUUAACCGCUAUCCUCUGUUCCCUGCCCGGUGCUUGGAGAAGCUUUCACAGUGAUUCCGAGGAGUACGAAGAUUCCGACAGCGAGAGCGAGGACCCCUUCACUUCCCAUCAGGCACGUAGACAGACGGCCGCGGGGUCCCAGCGAGGGGCCUUGCCCCCCUUCUAUAAUUACCCAGGGGCCGGCUGGACACCCCCCUUUUCUAGUGCGCCGCCUCUCCAGACUCCAAACGUUUCCUCCAAUGGCAACCCUGGCUAUGAGAGCCUGCCCUUGGCAGACAGGCAGUCCCCACCCCCUUCUUACUCUCCUAGCAUGCUGACUGGUUACGGGGGGAAUCAAUCACACCCCAACCCUGCACACUCAAGAAACCUGUAUUCACGUUGACUCUUUUUUUUAUGUUAGAUUAUGUAUAGAAAAUGUUUAGUUUUAUUAUGAACGGACACUUUACUGAGAUGAAAAAAAACAACUAACGAAAAAUAAAUCGAAUGCUAGAUGUGAAUUAAAGGUAACGUCAGUACCAGGGAGUGUUAUGAAUUAGAAGCACUUAAAAUAAACAGGAUUGAAUUGACUGUUGUAGUAACUCACUGUACGCUAAUGCCAGAUAGGUAGCAUGGUUAUGAAGAACUCUGAACCAGGUUCACUCAGUCAAAGUUACCCCUUCCUGUCCCCCCCCCCCCACCCCCCCAUCUGUCCAGAGUCUUUGUGAACUGUUGUGAGACAAGCCAAAUGGUAUUGACGUUACAUUGUAGUUUUAUAUUUUCAAAAUGUAUCAGUAUCACCACUUUAUUUUCAAGUUUUUAUAUCUAAAUAUUGUGGUAGAAAAGCACCAGCACGUAGCAAGGAGACGUAUAUUCAGUGAAUGAAUAUGAAGUUUACUCACUUGAUAUUCACUUUUAUUUCUUUUUACUUUUUUAUAGGUGGCAAUUCUGUAUUUCCUUCGUAUUACCUUCAGAUACUAUUAUGUACAUUUUGCUGUUGAUAAGAUCUGAUUAAUCACAAACCUUUGGUCUUAAACCAACACCCAAGAGGGCUGUGAUGACCCUCCUUUAAGGCUGAGGGGAGAACUACAACUACCAACCAGCCUUGAGUGGUUAGAACUACAAUUCCCAUGCAAUGACAGCAGGUACAUAGCAAUACAGCUCCUGCUACUGGUGCUUCAGUAGCCUUACCGUGAAUAGCAAUAAUGACUAUGUAUAGCAGUGGGUUUCUGAGCUCUCUAUAGGAUGUUAUGUAUAUAUAAAUGGUAUGUCUGAGAUUUCAAUGGGCCCCUUUCAUGCCUUGACCUUGUUAACCCUUGACUUAAGUUUGUAUGGUCAAUGCUCCUUUUGAAUGGCAUCCUUUUUCACUCCAGAGUCUAAUAUAAUUAAAAUAACAGCUACAAUAAACCCA